GUCAGUCAGUGAGUCUGUGAGUGAGUGUGUGAGGUGUGUGUGUGAGGAGUGUGUGAGGUGUGUGUGAGGAGAGUGUUAGGAGUGUGUGAUGGAGAUGGCUCUUGGUAACAGCUCUGUGGAUUUCUUCUCAGCUCUAUGGAACUUCUCGGUGGAAGACACUGAGGGAGAGAACGAUGUCCGUGACUUUGCCGAGUCACACAAGCCCAUGGUCCGCGGACUGCUCUCAUUCUCCUACUCCAUCAUCAUCAUCAUCUCUCUGUUCGGGAACACUGUGGUGUGUCACGUGGUGAUGAAGAGUAAGCGCAUGCACUCAGUCACCGGAGUCUUCAUCAUGAACCUGGCCAUCGCUGACAUCCUCAUCACCCUCCUCAACACACCAUUCACUCUGGUGCGCUUCAUCUAUAGUACCUGGGUGUUUGGAAAGGUGAUGUGUCAUGUGAGCCGUUUCGCUCAGUACUGCUCCGUCCAUGUGUCUGUUUUCACACUUGUGGCUAUUGCUAUCGACCGACACCAGGUGGUGCUGCACCCAAUGAAGCAGAGGAUGUCCCGUCUGCAGGGUGUGGUCUGGGUUGGGGUGAUCUGGUUGAUGGCCACAUGUUUCUCUCUUCCUCAUGCAAUCUACCAAACCUUGCUGCACUUCAAGAUCAGUGAGGGGAACAUCAGGAUGGUUUGUCUGCCUAGCUUCCCUCAGCCCUCAGACCUAUUCUGGAAGUACCUGGACCUCGUCACCUUUGUCCUGCUCUAUGUGUUGCCGUUGAUGAUAAUCACCAUGGCUUACGUUGUCAUGGCCAAAAAGCUGUGGACGCGCAACACCAUCGGCGACGUGACACUGGCCCAGAGCUAUGCCCACCGCCGGAGGAAGAGGAUGACCAUGAAGAUGAUGAUAGCGGUGGUGGCCGUGUUCGCCAUCUGCUGGUUCCCGUUGAACUGCUACGUGGUUCUGCUGUCUAGCAAAGUGAUCCAGGCAAACAACGGCGUGUACUUCAGCUUCCACUGGCUGGCCACGAGCUCCACCUGCUACAACCCCUUCAUCUACUGCUGGCUCAACCACAACUUCAGAGUGGAAAUCAGAUCACUUCUGCUCAUUGGACGAGGAAAAAUCAGCAGCCAGCAGACCUGAAGAUCACAAGAAAGAACUUCUCUACUUCAUCUCUCCAUCCUGAGUGUACUGAGUUCCAUCCUUCUUUAUUUCAUCCUGGUUGAUCCAGUAUAUCUUACAUUUGUCUUUAUUUUGUCCCAGCUGACCCAGCGUAUAUUCACAUGAUGUCCUGGGUCACCCCGCAUGUAUUACCUCAUCACAUUACACAAUAUAUGCAAAGUGCAUCAUCACUUUGCAUAUAUGUUACAUCAUCACCCUGUAUGUAUUACAUCAAAACUCUACAUAUAUUGCAUCAUCAACCUACAUGUAUUAUAUCAUCAUUCUAAUUUAAAUUACAUCAUCAUCCUGCAUGUAUUACAUCAUCAACCUACAUGUAUUACAUCAUCAUUCUAAUUUAAAUUACAUCAUCACCCUGCAUGUAUUACAUCAUCAUUCUAAUUUAAAUUACAUCAUCACCCUGCAUGUAUUACAUCAUCAACCUACAUGUAUUACAUCAUCAUUCUAAUUUAAAUUACAUCAUCACCCUGCAUGUAUUACAUCAUCAUUCUAAUUUAAAUUACAUCAUCAACCUACAUGUAUUACAUCAUCAUUCUAAUUUAAAUUACAUCAUCACCCUGCAUGUAUUACAUCAUCACCCUGCAUGUAUUACAUCAUCAUUCUAAUUUAAAUUACAUCAUCACCCUGCAUGUAUUACAUCAUCAUUCUAAUUUAAAUUACAUCAUCACCCUGCAUGUAUUACAUCAUCAACCUACAUGUAUUACAUCAUCAUUCUAAUUUAAAUUACAUCAUCACCCUGCAUGUAUUACAUCAUCACCCUGCAUGUAUUACAUCAUCAACCUACAUGUAUUACAUCAUCAUUCUAAUUUAAAUUACAUCAUCACCCUGCAUGUAUUACAUCAUCACCCUGCAUGUAUUACAUCAUCACCCUGCAUGUAUUACAUCAUCAACCUACAUGUAUUACAUCAUCAACCUACAUGUAUUACAUCAUCAUUCUAAUUUAAAUUACAUCAUCACCCUGCAUGUAUUACAUCAUCACCCUGCAUGUAUUACAUCAUCAUUCUAAUUUAAAUUACAUCAUCACCCUGCAUGUAUUACAUCAUCACCCUGUAUUCUUCUCUGGAUUAUUUUAAAAGAGUGAGAUUUUUAGAUGGUCCUAAGUAAGAUCCAUCAGUUUCUCUAUAAACUCUCUCUCAGCAAGCCUUUGUUCUGAUUUGCGUAGCGCUGGUGUGUCAGUGAAAUCCUCAUUUUGGUGUUGAUGUGAAAAUAAAUCACUUUUUCAUGUUUACAUAUUUAGCUUCGUGCUGGAGCACAUGUGCAAACAACCAAAUGACACGUUUACACUCUUGUUCAGAGAAAAGCCAGGAAGCAGAACUGUGACGUUAAUGUGGGUCAUGUGACCAAGCACUGGAGCAGGAGGAAGAGUGUGUGUUUCCAUCACUAGUGUAUAGAACUGGACCUAAUGGCCUUUUGCUGUAGUUUUCUGAAGACAUUUCUAUAGAAGAGGAGCGGUGUGUUACACUUUCUCUCAGCGAAACUGCAGAAAUAAACAACUCUAGACAAGCUGUGAGUCCCUGAGCUUCUCCAUAAUCUAUUCAAAUCUGUAGCAAAGUUUUACACAGAAACCUGACUAUCAGACAAAUCCGCUGGAGAGUCCGUCAUCCUGCAGUCCUGCCGUGCCUCUGCGCUCUGACCGCAACUCCACACAGGUUUAUUUUUGUGAAUGUAAUGUAGAAUUCUUAUUUCACUAGAUUUAUAUCAGAGCAGGGAAACAAAUAUCACCAAGCACAACAAACAUCUGCCUCCAGUCUUACACAGAACUUUACUGUAAAUAUCUGGUUUUAAAAUCACUGUUUUUGUCACGUUAGUGCCAGUUUUAUUAGGGAUUUGAGAGAUGUGUGUUGGUGUGUUUGUUUCAAAACCUUUUUAAAUUAA